AUGGCACACCCGACCUGCAGUCAACCAUUGUUCUUCCGGCCUCCAGGACAUAUCGCCCCUUUAUCGAGCGGAGAAGGCAUAUGCAACCAUCCUGCGAUGGAACCAAGAUCCGAGACUCACUACGACUCCGACGUGGAGCUUGAUGUGUAUGCCCGUUUCAUCAUUCCAGACUCCGGUUUCUUAUCCUCCAUAGGUCUCUUGAAUCGCUCGAUGAUUCAUUUAGACUUAGAAUUAGUGACCAUGGACGCUACUAUUCGUCCCGCUAUCGAAGACGCCAUCCUUUCCCCGUCGACCAGAUUUGUGUCCCAUCGUUCACCUCCGACUCUACGCUAA